AUGGGGCCCCCGGGCAAUAGGGGAUCAUGGGGCCCCUGUGUCCUUGCCCACACUCAAAGCACACCCAAAAAAGCCUAUAAAAGAAAAGGGGGUCCAGAGAUAAGCAGCCCCCCUUCUUCUCAGCAUCCAGAUCCAUCCCCACAGAGGAAAAAAGAUCAUUCCCUUCAGCUCCAGACCAGGGGGAGGACUGACAACUCAUGGGGCCCCCGGGCAAUAGGGGAUCAUGGGUCCCCUGUGUCCUUGCCCAAACUCAAAUAAGCCUAUAAAAAAGGUACCAGGGGCAUCUCAUGGGGCCCCCUACUGACCCCGGGCCCUCGGGCAGUGCCCGAGUUUCCAAAUGGUCAGUCCGCCCCUGCUCC